UGCUGUGUGAGGUACCCCACCACAAGCUCUGAAAUUGUUCAUAGUUCCUAUUAUUUUAUAUGUCUUGACACAUUUAGUUUUGGUUUUAGGAUUACGGACCGGUAGACUGGGAAGUAAUGCGAAACAAACUAGUAUUGGUUGGCUGCCUGAAUGGUGGUGUAGUUGCUGUCUUCUGCCUCAUACUAGGCGGUUGUUCUCGUUAUGUUACCAGCCUUCCUACCUCCUUUCGUGACCAUGACAAAUUUUGGCCAAUGGAUACGUGGAACAUGGAAAGAAGUUCUGAGGGAAAUGAUUCCGAAUCACACUCCGAUUUACCCAUUAUUGAGUCUAACGAUUCAAAUAAUUUUGACAAUCCACCAUUGCUACGAAAGAAAUUCGAAGCUUCUACUUUAAAAAUCGGCGAGGAGCUUCCAGAGAACCAAGAUGAACUUCAUGUGGAUACUUUAGGAACUGAAGGAACUUCGGAGUUCCAAGAGAGUGAAAAUAUAACUCAAUUAUCAAGACUACAAGUCGAAAAUUUGGCCUCAGAUGCUGCUUCGCCCUGGAGCUCACAAUUGAACGUCAGUCAAGAAAAGCAGCAAAUUAGAGACAAAAAAUUUGCUAUUAAAUUCAUGCAGCAGUUUGGCUACGUGCCUGAGAGCGACUCGACGACCGGGUUUCUCUUCACCCCACAAGGCAUGAAAGAUUCCAUCAGAGAAGUUCAGAAGUUUGGCGAUCUUCCGCAAACUGGAGAACUGGACGAACUAACGAUUCAGCUGAUGAAGUCCCCGCGUUGCGGGGUGCCGGACGUGGCCCCACCCUCCAAGGAAGGAGGCCCUCGGGGAGGCCUGACGACGCUGGGGCAGAAGGGCGUUGUCGUGUCGAGGGGCAACGAGAGCGCACGAGGUCGGCCGAGGCGAUACGUCCUGGGGGGCGGUGGCUGGAACACGCGAACCAUCACCUACCAUGUGGAGAAUUACUCAUCCAAGCUGAACAACAUGGAGAGCGUGAUCGAGGAGCUUCGUAAAGCCUUCGACGUGUGGAGUGCGUACGCUCGACUCAACUUCACUCACGUACCCGACCGUGACGCUGACAUAAUCAUAUUCUUCGCCGAGUACGAUCACUACGACGGAUAUCCAUUCGACGGACAGGGGGGAACGCUCGCGCAUGCGUACUAUCCGUACGAGUCCGGCCAUUACGGAGGCGACAUUCAUUUCGAUGAGAGUGAACAAUGGGCAAUUAACCCAAAAGACGAGUAUUCAGGCUUGGACUUCUUCACUGUAGCGGUACACGAGAUCGGCCACUCCUUGGGUCUCGCCCACAGCUACGUACGUUCUUCCAUUAUGUUCCCGUACUACAAGGGCAACUCCGAACACUUUGCCCUCGACCAUGACGACGUUAUGGGAAUGUACGAGCUCUAUAUUCAACGGCACUUGCCCGGAGAUGAUGAAUAUUUCAACCAGCAUCACAGUGAUGAUACCACUGCCUCUGCGCCAACCACAACGUCUACCACGCCACGUACAACAACAACAACAUUGUCGGUAGAUGGCACCCAAAACGACGCUGGAUCUUCCGGCGACUACGACAGCGUUGACGGAACUAUCGAAGAUGACGGUAAGAUCGGAUCCAGUGAGCAGCUGGAACCAGACGAUGGAAACGAUGAUCCAUAUGACGGAGAAACAAAUUGUAGUGUAGAAAACGAUAUUAAUCACUGUGCCGGCGAAGAACCGAAUCUUGAUUAUAGUGACACUAACGGUCAUCUUGAGGAAACUGCACUAACCCCUGCUUCUACUAACGAUGAUACUAACAACACUACCAUUCUGUACCACGGAGAUUCCAUGUCCGUUGAUGAAUACCAUCGGAUCCUCAAUGAGCAAGAUUCUCAUCAGAGUCCAUCUUUAUUCCCAACAGAAGAAGAAAUUCGCAGGAAGCAUUACGACGAAGAAGAAAGAAAUAGACGAGAGGAAGAGGAACGUCGACGAGAGGAAGAGGAACGUCAGCGAGAUGAAGAACAAAAGUGGUACGAAGAAGAAGUAAGGAGAGCAGAAGAAGAAGAAAAGAAACGAGAAGAUGAAAGAAAGGCUUAUGAAGAAGAAGUCAGGCAGAUUGAAGAGGAAGCAUUGAGACAAUAUCAAGAAAUGCUUGCGAGGAGAAAAGAAGAACAACGAAAAAGCGAGGAGAAGUGGCGAAAGGAGCAAGAAGAACGAGCAAGGCGUGAAGACGAGGAAAUAAAGCGAGCAUACGAAGAAGAAAUACGAAGAUACGAAGAGGACUUACAACGAAGAAGACAAAAUAACGCUGAGAGAGAAAAUAUUUCAACAACAGAAGAAAAUCCAUCGGACCCAUGGCUGUCUGAUGGCUGGUUGCAGGGCAACUCAUCUGUUGACGCUAACAUCCCUAACAUUUGUAGAGGAAAUUUUGACGCCGUGGCUAACAUCAGAAACGAUCUCUUCAUGUUCAAGGGAGAGUACAUGUGGCGCUUCCAAAGCCGGGGCGUGCUGAGGUCAGGGUACCCGGCACCCAUUAGCGCUCUCUUCGCUGCCCUUCCUGCCUGGACGAAACAUAUCGACGCGGCGUACCAGCGACGCAACGACAGCGUCAUCAUCUUCUUUGUGGGCAAUAACUUCUUCGAGCUCCGAGGUCUGGAGAAAAAUUUGUCACGUGGCCGACCUCUCACAGACUUGGGCUUGCCAUCUAGCGUGACGCAACUUGACGCUGCUUUCUUUUGGCCCAAAAACAAUAAAGUUUACUUCUUUAGGCUAACCGUGUCGUACUUCUUCAAGGACGAUCAGUUCUGGGAGUACGACAACGAGAACGUUCGGCCAGUCGAAGGCUAUCCUCAGCUCAUCAACGAUUAUUGGUUCCAUGAUUGCUGA